AUGAACUCUUCCUCCAAAGGAAAACCAUCCCUUCCCUUCCUAGAAGAAGGACUCCUGACCCUGACGCCCCUCCUCAACACCCUCCAUGCCAGCAGCCACCUUCACCCAGCCCUAUACCCCCAUUUUCUGGCGACCACACCCUCAGAAACUCCGUCGCUCUUUACUCCAGGCUCGAGCAGCUUGACCAGUUCGCCAACCAGAUUAUCCGCUACAUCCAAGACCAGCCGGCAGACGUUAUCCACUCGAGAGCUCAACAACUCCGUCUUCGUAUCCCAGCCCGUCAAGGAGGCUGAGGGCGAGGACGAGCUUAGCAUUCGAGCAGAAGAGGAGCCUCUCUGCUUGCUAAACAUGUUCCCAACCUCUGCGGGCUUGUUAGCGUACACGCCACCGGAGCAGCUGCGGUCGGAGACCCUCUGGCGUCUCCCUCCCUGGACAUCUGGGUGCUAG